CACACACCAUGUAGUCCAUUGUAUUGUAAAAUAAAAGUAAAUCGAGUAGGAAAUUUUGGACCUGUAUGUACGUCGCAAAAUAUACUGUGCUGUUUUUUUUACGGCACGGCCGUGCGUGGCAGUAUAAAAAAGGCAUGAAAAUGUGCAUCGCAAACACUAGCUUAGCACGCGUGGCGACGUACGGCAAAGCAAAGCCACAGCCAGAGCGCAAGAAUGGCUCGCCGGGGCACCACCAUGUCAGUCCUCGCGCUCCUCCUCGCCGCGGCGACGCUCUCGUGCGCCGCCGCGUUUCCCACGGCCGGCGGCGCGCCACGCAGGGCGCUGUGGGCGAAGAGCCUCCCGGCCGACCCGUUCUGCCCGUGGGAGGCCGUCAAGUUCGGGGCGUGCGCGGCCGUGCUCGGCCUCGCGGACGCGCAGGCCGGCGCGCAGCUCGGGAGCGAGUGCUGCCAGCUCGUGGGCGGACUCGCCGCGGCGGAGGCGGCCGCGUGCCUCUGCGUCGCCGCCAAGGAGGUCGUGCUCGGCCUCGUCUCCGCCGAGUGGUCCGUCGGCGUCGAGCUCCUCGCCAGCGCCUGCAAGACGGAGAUCCCCGACGGCUUCAAGUGCGUCUGACAUGUUGUAUUGUUUCGUUUGGUGGAAGCGAGCGCCCAUGCAUUGAGUCAUAUCCACGUGAAAAGAUUGCUUUCUUCUUUGCCUUUUUUGGCUUCCCUGGGUAUGCAAAUGCAAUGGCAUAUUUUGCGUGGACUAUAUAUGGAUCAAUCUCAAUUUAAUUGUGUUGCUUGA